GAGCUUGGCCCGCCCGUAACUCUGUCUCCAGGCACCGGGAAUAACAGAAGCUAGCUGAGAGCGCCUGCGCGGCCGUCGGUUGAGGGGGAGGUCGGGUCUGGGAAACUAGGCCCUGGGGUUUUCCCUGAGCAGGAGCGGUGCCCGAGGGCCUCAGGCAUCAGUCCAGGCCCUGAAUGGCUGGUCUCCAGCGGUUGGCAUCACAUCUGCCUGUGGGCGUUAUGCUUCCACAUAAUACAACAGAAGCUCCAGGACCCCACUCAGCCAAGCAAGACUCUUACGAACAAAGUGACUCUUCCCAGCAGUCCUUGAAGGGGCACCUGAGGAACAAUUUCCAGAAGCAGCUUUUGAGCAACAAAGAGUUGACUCUGGAUAAAGUCUAUACUCACCCCAAAUGGAACACUCACACAAAAGCCCAGAGCUACUCCUAUCCCCACUGUACUGGAAUCAGCCACCAAGAGGCAGGAAGUGAUUUCCAGGGCCAAGGAAAUGGUUUGUUUUACUCAUCAGGCCCUCAAUCCUGGUAUCCCAAAGCCAAUAACCAGGACUUUAUCCCCUUUACAAAGAAACGAGUUGGAGUGGACCGGGCGUACCCACUGAAACCCGUGGUCCACAGGAAGUCGUGCAGUACAGGUGAGUCUGGCACUGAUGGGGACCAGAAUAUCUACCCAAGGCCCCCUGAACUGAGAGAAUUUUCAUCCAGGAACUUUGAUGUGAGGAACCAGGUCAACUUUUCUGUGGUUGAUCCUGUUCUUGCUGCCAUGCAGGCGGAGAAGGCCUUGGCAAACUUGGACAGGACGGAGUGGGUGCAGAUCCGAAGACUAGAAGCUGCAGGGGAGAGCUUAGAGGAGGAAAUCCGAAGAAAGCAGAUUCUCCUGAGGGGAAAGCUGAAGAAGACAGAGGAGGAACUCAGAAGGAUCCAGACGCAAAAGGAACAGGCCAAGGAAAAUGAAAACAGAGAGCUACAGAAAAUUAUAUUCCCCAGGAGCAGAGUUAAAGGUAAUAACAGCAACACCACGCACAAAGCUGUCUUCUCCCCAGAAUUUGAUUUUGAGGAAGAAUUUAGUAGAGACAGGAGAGAGGAUGAAACUUGGGGACGGUCUCAACAAAAUUCGAGUCCAUUCCAGCUCUCUGAUUAUAGAAUCCAGAGACUCAAAAGGGAAAGGCUGGUAGCAAGCAAUAACAAAAUUCGAGACCGAGUCUCAGAGCCGUCGAUGGAGAAGUUCUUCCCGCCUUCAGAAACACCAGGCGGUGCUUUGCAGGGAUCUGCCAGAAAUUCCAGCCUGUCCAUGGCACCAGACUCCUCAGGUUCCAGCGGCUCCACUGAAGAGCCACAACUGGGUGAGUGCAGCCACUGUGGGCGAAAAUUCCUCUUGUUCAGGCUGGAGAGACACUCCAACAUCUGCAGCAGGAUGCAGGGUUCCAAGAGGAAAGUGUUUGACUCCUCCAGGGCCCGGGCUAAGGGCACAGAACUAGAGCAGUACUUAAACUGGAAGGGGCCAGCUUCAGCCAAGGCUACGGGAUUCUCUAUUUAUUUUGAAAUUCUGAAACUUUACAAUAAUUGUGCUGGAUACUUGGGCCCCAAGAUUAACCCAGUUUCACCGUCUGGAUUUCCUGAGUCAGAAGUCUGGUUCAAUUUCUCCAGAGAAUAAAUCCUUGCUCUUCUGUGAGUGUGCCUGGGUGUUGGACACUUGGAUGUGUAAGGUGGGAGGAGCCGUGGGGUCCUGCUUGUUUUCAGUCCUGUACCUCCUUACUUUCCACUAUCUGGUACUUCCAAGCACUGAACCUCUCUGGAUUCUGUUGGGAAAGUGGCUUGCCUCUCAGCAGUACCUCCUUUGCAGGCCCUUGGUUUGCCUCAACGCUGGCAAGUCAGUUACCACUGUUGCUCCUUUCCUGUUCUUUGACCUUGCUGAUUAGUACCCUUUUCAUUUUCUUACUGUUAUUCUAAAAGAGACUCAGGAAGGAGAUAGGUGCCAAGUUGAAUGAUCAGUCUCCCAUUUACAUUACAGGCUGAACCUCCUCGGAAGAACAACUGGAGACAGAAGCACGAAUCUUUCAUCCAUACGCUCCGCCAGGCUCGAGAGGUCCAGCAGGUAACUGCCAAAGGUGAAAACCGUUCACACUUGCCUCCCAUCCUGCCUGCAGAAAACCCAGACUACAUUCAGUGUCCUCACUGUAGCCACCACUUUGCUCCCAAGGUGGCUGAGCAACACAUUCCCAAGUGUAAGACCAUCAAGAACCGUCCUCCACCUCCAAGGAAGCAUUAUAGUUGAGCAGACAACAAUGGAAACUUUUGGAUAGGUCAGAAAGCUCUGCUUCUCUUCAGCAGUAAAUGGGAGUAGAAUUUGAUGCAAAGCAGAGAGAAAUCAAACAGCUCCCAGAUCUGCCUGCAGAGUUAAAGUCUGUGAGGAGAGAGCCACUGCUAAGCAGCAGGAGGCAGAAGGAAGCCCCAGCUUCCCACUAAAUUACAACCUUGGGCUGGUAAGCUUUAUGUUAUUGCCCUCAGAAUUGACGGGUGAAGACACUGAAGAGUCGUGAGCAGGCUCUAUUAAAGCUCUCUUCUUGCAUGCCUAACUUGUGGUUUGUGCUAGUGAAGUGCCUGCAUCUGGUUGUGCCUUCCUGUCACUGCAUGUAUGUUCAGAGUUCCUGUUAACUCUUGCUUUUGUAGAAGCUGGAGUUAUUAGGAUGUGUUGGAGUCAGAGGGGCAUGAUCACCCAGAUGGUAACUCUUAUGAAAGAUAAUAUAAUUUUGCUGUAAGGCAUUAUUGAUGGAAAUCUAUCCUUGGUCUCCCUGGUGCAUGAUCCUGGCCAAAAACCAAUACAAGUAUGUAAGGUUAAGGCACCAAUGUCUCCUAAACCUUCCCUAUGGUGUACUGUGUAAUAAAGGAAAGAUCUUUAUGUACUUUAUAGGGUAGGGAUGGGUGUUGGGGGGAAACACAUUAUACUUCUGCUUGUUCUUUUCUAAUGGGUUUCAUAUGUUAAGAAAGAAACCUCCAUUUUAGCUGUUAAUAGCACUCUACUUUCAAAUCAGUUUGGCUAAAUGACUGUUUAGAGGCAGCAAAAUCUACCAUCAAAGUAAGCUGAGAUAGGCUGGGCAUGGUGGCUCAUUCCUAUAAUCCCAGCACUUUGGGAGGCUGAAGUGGGAGGAUUGCUUGAGGCCAGGAGUUCAAAGCAGCCUCGACAACAAAGCAAGAGCCCGUCUCAAAACAAAACAAAGCUGGGACAUUGCACAGCGUCACAUGCCCUUGGCAAUUAUAGCAUAGUCAACUUCUAUUUGAGAGAGUAAACUCUGAAGGGAAAGGGAUCAAAUCUUUUUAGUUUUCUCUGUGUACAAUAUUGCCUAGCACAAGUUAGACCUCAAUUAAUGAGGUCUGGAGAUUAAAAAUUAAACAAGGUGAAUGAGUCCUAGACUAGUGAAAUGAGAGAACUGAUAAUGUCUGCGAGAGUAUUAUCAGUUCAAAUAGGAGUGAAGUUAGCACAACAGAUAGAAAUCCUAGGAUUACUGUUCUGUAUUACUCAAAUUGUUAGUUUAAAAUACUGGAGAAAAACUGCUCAAUUUGAGCUAGGCAACAGGGCUAGACAGACAACAAAAUCCUAUUUUACUAAAUAACAAAUGGCCACUCACUCUUGCUCCAUUUCCUCUGCAGCUUCUGCUGAGUUGCUGGGCUAACAGAUCAGACCAAUUUGAAAUGUGAGUUAAGGCUUUAGCGGUGAAGCUGCAGGACA